AUGCAAAAGUCCUGGCUUGUUUUGCUCGCUGCUUUCCUUGGCUUGCAAGGAACAACAGCGCUGACACUCCACCGAAGAGAGCUUCCGGCCGUUGUCUCGUUGGGUAUCAAACGAAAUAAUGCCGUUGACCCUGUGGCUAGAGAUCGGAUGAGACGGAAGCGCGACAAGACCGUUGAACAGAAUCUUGAUAAUGAGGAAACGUUAUAUUUCUGUAACAUAACUCUGGGCACACCAAAGCAAAGCCUACGGUUAGUUCUUGAUACAGGAAGCAGUGACCUUUGGUGUAAUGCAGCGAAUUCGACGCUCUGCUCAUCUAGAAAUAAACCCUGCAAUGCCUCAGGGUCUUACGACCCAACUUCAUCUUCGUCAUAUGCCUAUGCAUCUUCGGACUUCAACAUAUCGUAUGCUGACGGCACUGGAGCUGCCGGUGAUUAUGUUACUGACACUAUCCAAAUUGGAGGUGCUACCGUCAAGGACUUUCAGUUUGGGGUGGGUUACUCGUCUAGCUCCGCCGAGGGUGUAUUGGGAAUAGGAUACACAACGAACGAAGUCCAGGUUGGCCGGUUCGGUAAAAGUGCCUACGCAAAUCUUCCUCAAGCCAUGGUCAAAAACGGUCUAAUUCAGUCAAAUGCUUAUAGCCUUUGGCUUAAUGACCUGGGAGCAGAUACUGGCUCGAUUUUAUUUGGAGGCGUUAAUACGGAGAAGUAUCAUGGGGAACUGCAAACUCUGCCAAUUCAGACGGUCAAUGGGAUCUAUUCUGAGUUCAUAAUCGCACUAACUGGUGUCUCAUUGAGCUCAUCAUCAAGUCAGCAUAAUUAUUCAUCUUCUAAUGCUCUCCCAGCCGCAGUCCUACUUGACUCAGGAAGUUCUCUAACCUAUCUUCCAAAUUCCAUUGUGCAAGACAUCUAUGAUGACCUGGGUGUCACUUAUGAGUCAUCCAGCGGUGUUGGCUAUGUGCCAUGUAGCCUGGCACAGCAAAAUAUUAAUGUGACCUACACCUUUUCGUCUCCUACUAUUACAGUUGGGAUUGAUGAACUCGUUCUAAAUGCAGGUGAUCUGCGAUUUCGAAAUGGCGCGCGUGCAUGCAUUUUUGGCAUUGUACCAGCCGGAGAUAGCACUGCUGUCUUGGGGGAUACGUUCCUACGCAGUGCAUAUGUUGUAUACGAUCUAUCCAACAAUGAAAUCUCCCUCGCCAAUACCAAUUUCAACUCUACUCAGGAUAAUAUCUUGGAAAUUGGAACUGGCGACGAUUCUGUCCCUGGAGCCACCCAAGUUUCAAAUCCCGUCACUUCAGUUGUGGCCGAUGGGUCUGGAGCCAGGAUCGGGGGCCCAACUGGUGGGAUCUUUACUGAUCUGCCUUCAGCAACAAGUACUGGCGGCGCUGCAGCACCUGCCGGGCCAACAGAUGUUCCAAAGCACUUGGUUUUUGGUGCAGCGGCUAUUGGUUACGUGCUCGCUUUCUGA